GCUGACAUUUCCAUUGACCUCAGAGCUGAAAAUCUACAGUGAUCACUGACAGUCAGGCAGUGAGGAAAGAAGACAUGACACAGCCAACAAGGGUGGCAGCCUGGCUCUGAAGUGGAAUUAUGUCCUUCAAACAGGUUGAAAGAGGAUAACAGUCUUUUCCUGCUUCCAGAUAUGAAUCAGGUCACUAUUCAAUGGGAUGCGGUAAUAGCUCUUUACAUACUCUUCAGUUGGUGUCAUGGAGGAAUUACAAAUAUAAACUGCUCUGGCCACAUUUGGGUAGAACCAGCCACAAAUUUUAAGAUGGGUAUGAAUAUCUCUAUAUAUUGCCAAGCAGCAAUUAAGAACUGCCAACCAAGGCAACUUCAUUUUUAUAAAAAUGGCAUCAAAGAAAGAUUUGAAAUCACAAGGAUUAAUAAAACAACAGCUCGACUUUGGUAUAAAAACUUUCUGGAACCACAUGCUUCUAUGUACUGCACUGCUGAAUGUCCCAAUCAUUUUCAAGAGACACUGAUAUGUGGAAAAGACAUUUCUUCUGGAUAUCCGCCAGAUGUUCCUGAUGAGGUAACCUGUGUCAUUUAUGAAUAUUCAGGCAACAUGACUUGCACCUGGAAUGCUGGGAAGCUCACCUACAUAGACACAAAAUACGUGGUGCAUGUGAAGAGUUUAGAGACAGAAGAAGAGCAACAGUAUCUCACCUCAAGCUAUAUUAACAUCUCCACUGAUUCAUUACAAGGUGGCAAGAAGUAUUUGGUUUGGGUCCAAGCAGAAAACGCACUAGGCAUGGAAGAGUCAAAACAACUGCAAAUUCACCUGGAUGAUAUAGUGGUACCUUCUGCAUCCAUCAUUUCCAGGGCUGAGACUAUAAAUGCUACAGUGCCCAAGACCAUAAUUUAUUGGGACAGUCAAACAACAAUUGAAAAGGUUUCCUGUGAAAUGAGAUACAAGACUACAACAAACCAAACUUGGAAUGUUAAAGAAUUUGACACCAAUUUUACAUAUGUGCAACAGUCAGAAUUCUACUUGGAGCCAAAUACCAAGUACAUAUUUCAAGUGAGAUGUCAAGAAACAGGCAAAAGGUACUGGCAGGCUUGGAGUUCACCGUUUUUUCAUAAAACACCUGAAACAGUUCCCCAGGUCACAUCAAAAUCAUUCCAACACGACACAUGGAAUUCUGGGCUAACAGUUGCUUCUAUCUCUACAGAACAGCUUACUUCUGACAACAGAGAAGACAUUGGACUUUUAUUGGGAAUGAUCGUCUUUGCUGUUAUGUUGUCAAUUCUUUCUCUGAUUGGGAUAUUUAACAGAUCGCUCCGAACUGGGAUUAAAAGAAGAAUAUUAUUGUUAAUACCAAAAUGGCUUUAUGAAGAUAUUCCUAAUAUGAAAAACAGCAAUGUUGUGAAAAUGCUACAGGAAAAUAAUGAACUUAUGAAUAAUAAUUCCAGUGAGCAGGUCCUUUAUGUUGAUCCCAUGAUUACAGACAUAAAAGAAAUCUUUAUCCCAGAACACAGGCCUACAGACUACAAGAAGGAGAAUGCAGGACCCCUGGAGACAAGAGACUACCUGCAAAACUCGCUAUUUGACAAUACUACAGUUGUGUAUAUUCCUGAUCUCAACACUGGAUAUAAACCCCAAAUUUCAAAUCUUCUGCCUGGGAGAAGCCAUCUCAGCAAUAAUGAUGAAAUCACUUCCUUAACACUUAAACCACCAGUUGAUUCCUUAGACUCAGGAAAUAAUCCCAGGUCACAAAAGCAUCCUAAUUUUGCUUUUUCUGUUUCAAGCGUGAAUUCACCAAGCAGCACGCUAUUUCUUGGAGAAUUAAGCCUCCUAUUAAAUGAAGGAGAAUGCAGUUCUCCUGACAUACAAAACUCAGUAGAGGAGGAAAGCACCAUGCUUUUGGAAAACGAUUCACCCAGUGAAACUAUUCCAGAACAGACCCUGCUUCCUGAUGAAUUUGUCUCCUGUUUGGGGAUCAUGAAUGAGGAGCUGCCAUCUAUUAAUUCUUAUUUUCCACAAAAUAUUUUGGAAAGCCACUUCAAAAGGAUUUCACUCUUGGAAAAGUAGAGCUGUGUGGUCAAAAUCAACAUGAGAAAGCUGCCUUGCAAUCUGAACUUGGGUUUACCCUGCAAUAGAAAUUGAAUUCUGCCUCUUUAUGAAAAAAUGUAUCCACAUACAUAUCUUCAUAUGGACACAUGUUUUCAUUCCCUUGGAUAAAUACCUAGGUAGGGGAUUGCUGGGCCAUAUGAUAAGCAUAUGUUUCAGUUCUACCAGUCUUGUUUUCAGAGUAGUGACAUUCUGUGCUCCUACCAUUACCGUGUGAGAAUUCCAGGAGCUCCACGCCCUUUUAAUUUUAGCCAUUCUUCUGCUUCAUUUCUUAAAAUUAGAGAAUUAAGAUUCCGAAGGUGGAACAUGCUUCAUGGUCACACAUACAGGCACAAAAACAGCAUUAUUUGGAUGCCUCCUAUAUUUUUUAUGAAGUGUCAACUAUUUCCUCUUUCUUUUCCCUCACUGAAAGAUGCAAAACAGCUCUCUAUUGUAUACAGAAAGGGUAAAUAAUGCAAAAUACCUGGUAGUAAAAUAAAUACUGAAAAUUUUCCUUUAAAAUAGA